UGUCCCAUAGCCAUCCAAAUAAGGUGUAGAGUGGUGUAGAUUAUUGUUUGAGAUAGAGAGAAUAUGGGGAGAGAGAUUGUGAGAUCAAAUGAUGAGAUUUUGGGGUUGUCUGCUUCUUCUUCUCCUCUUUCUCCUUCUUCUUCUUCAUCUUCUUUAUGGAGUAAUAGUUGUUUUUUGGAAGAAGGUGAUGAGAAAAAGAGAAUGCCAUUGCUGGCUCUCAACCAUGUCUCCUUUGUCUGCAAAUCUGUCCCCAAAACUGUCCAAUUCUAUGAGCAAGUUCUGGGCUUUGUCCUCAUCAAGAGGCCCUCUUCCUUUGACUUUGAAGGAGCUUGGUUGUUCAAUCAUGGCAUUGGGAUCCACCUCCUGGGUGCAGAAAAUGUGGGCAUCACCAAGAAAGGAAAGAUAAACCCUAAAGACAACCACAUUUCAUUCCAGUGCUCAGACAUGAACCUAAUCAUCAAGAAACUAGGUGACAUGAACAUUGAAUAUGUGACUGCUAAGGUUAAGGAAGGUGGUGUGAUUGUGGAUCAGCUCUUCUUCCAUGACCCUGAUGGCUACAUGAUUGAGAUCUGCAAUUGCCACAAUCUCCCAGUUUUGCCCCUCUCCUCUUGCCCUCUCAACAACACCAAUAACAAGAACACUAUUUAUGGGAAGGGAAGCUGGAAGAAGCCAUCAUGUGCUGGAGAAGUGGAACAUCUUAUGAUGGAGAAUUUAGCUGUGGACAUGCUGGAUAUUUCUUUUUGAAAUUCUACAAUAAAUUAUUAAUAAAUUAAAUAAAAAUCCCUCAUCAUUAAUUUUUUGUAAACUUCUUUAUACUAUUUAAUUAUGUAUGGAGAGAUUGAAAUGUAAACCGUUACGUACCGAUUGAGAAUCAAUAUAAUACAUAUUUCUUUUA